CCCAGCCUCUCAGCCCACUUGCAGGAAGCUUGUCUGCCACCCGCUCAGCCUGGAAAGUCCAGGAGUGAUUCACCAACCAGGCUCCAGCAGGGACCCUUGGAAGCCACUGCCCUGCGAUCCUUCAGCGACACAGUUCUCCUCCUCAACCAGUUUCAUGCCUGAUUAUCAGUGUCCUGGUGGCUUUCUGGGAAACGGAGAGGAAGUGACCUUUCCAAAUGCCCCCGACAGCUACACAUAUAAGCACACCAGGACAGGAGGUGAGAAGGACCAACCCGGGGCAGAGAUGGCAAGCUGUCUGAGAACCUUCUGGAACCAGAGACAGCAGCGGGUGUUCUUCAGAGCUGUUCAAGCCCUCUGUUUCACGGCCCUGAUCUCAGAGCUGACCCAUCACCCAGGGGUGUCCGCCUGGACCUACCACUAUAGCACCAAGGCUUACUCCUGGAACGCCUCCCGCGCGUUCUGCAAGAAGAGCUACACGGACCUGGUGGCCAUCCAGAACAGGCAGGAGCUCGAGUACCUCAACAAGGUCAUCCCGCCCUUCAGUUCCUACUACUGGAUCGGGAUCCGCAGGGUCAACGACACCUGGAUGUGGGUGGGGACCGGGAAGGCCCUGACGCAGGAGGCGGAGAACUGGGCCGACAACGAGCCCAACAACAAGAAGAACAACCAGGACUGCGUGGAGAUGUACAUCAAGCGGCAGACGGCGCCCGGCACGUGGAACGACGAGCCCUGCUGGAAGAAAAAGCGCGCGCUGUGCUACACAGCCUCCUGCAACGAACUGUCAUGCAGCCGGCAAGGCGAGUGUGUGGAGACCAUCGGGAACUACAGCUGCGCCUGCUACCCAGGGUUCUACGGUCCAGAGUGUGAAUUUGUGAACGAGUGUGGAGAACCGGAACUUUCCGAGCACGUGCUAGGAAACUGCAGCCACCCGCUGGCAAACUUCUCCUUCAACUCCAAGUGCAGUUUCCACUGUGCUCCAGGGUACACACUCAGGGGGCCCAGCGAGUUGCAAUGUUUGGCCUCUGGAAUGUGGACAAGCACCCCCCCAGAAUGUGUAGCCCUGCGGUGCCAGGACCUGUCGGCCCCUGCCAAGGCACGGAUGAACUGCUCGCACCCCGAUGGGGACCUCCGGUUCCAGUCCACAUGCAGUUUCUCCUGUCUCGAGGGCUUCGUCCUGGUGGGCGAGCCCGUGUUGCACUGCUUGGCCACGGGGGGCUGGAGCGACCCUCUCCCCACAUGCCAAGCCAUCACAUGUCCAGAACUUUACGCCCCCAUGGAGGGCAGUCUGCGCUGUGCUGGGCCCCCUGGACAGGCCGUUGUGGGCACCACCUGCUACUUCUCCUGCCAUGAGGGUUUCCAACUGGAGGGCUUCGACCACGUGGACUGCACCGCGGCCGGGAGCUGGACGGCCCCACCACCCACCUGCACAGGCAUAGUGUUAAGGAGGACCCCGGAGGUGCGCUGCCCGGUCCCCCGCAUCCCCGCACAGGGCACCAUCUCCUGCAGACACCAUCUGGGGCGGUUUGGGCUCAAUACCACGUGCUACUUCGCCUGCCAAGCGGGGUUCAGGCUGAUGGGCCGGAGCGAACUGAGCUGCAGGGACCCGGGACAGUGGACGGCGGCGACGCCCACCUGCAGAGCUGUGACCUGCUCCGAGCUGCAGGUGGCUGGACCCCUGGUGGCCAACUGUUCCAACCCCUGGGGCAACACCAGCUACGGCUCUUCCUGCUCCUUCCACUGUCCUGAGACACAGUUCCUGAACGGCUCGGCAAAAACAGUCUGCCAGGCUGAUGGCCAGUGGUCCGCCCCGGUGCCCCUCUGCCAAGUGGGACCGCUCACCACCCAGCAAGUUCUGGCUUACGUGGGGGCGGCAGUGGCCCCCACGGCUGGUCUGCUGACGGGGAGCCUAUUCCUGGUUCUGCUCCGGAGACGCAGAAGACAAAAAGAUGAUGGAAAAAGCCCCCUGAACCCUCAUAGCCACCUAGGAACAGACGGGGUGUUCACGAACGCGGCGUUUGACUCGAGCUCUUGAGAGAAAUGUCCGUCCUCCCUCGCCUCCCCCAACUCCCCGGGGCCCUGGUGGCUUCCUUCCCUGGACGUGCGACAGCGUCACCCAGGAAACCACUGCAGGUGCAUGAGGCCCCGCGGGAUCCCGGAGAGAGACUCUCAGCCUGAACACCUCAGCCCUCGGCACUUAGAUCCCUGGGUGGCAACGGACAGCGGCCAGACCUGGCCAGUAAGCAGCGAGCUCCGUGCAGACACAGUCUCUGGGGAUUCUGCUCUCCCCUCUUCUGACUUGGGGGGGCUUGUAAUAAUCUCGGGGGUCUCCCCUAGCUGCUAUUGACAAAACCCAAGUCCCUCCCCCUCUGCCCACGGACUCCCACAUGGGCCCCACGGGGGCUGAAGAAACCCAGGAGUCAAGACAGGAAGCAUGUGACGCCGAAGACCCCCCACUUCCGGCCACCCCUCCCUCCGAUGCCCCCAAAGACCCCCAGACCAAUACCCCACAUGCAUCAAGAGAAGACGCACAGCUGCCCACGACACGUCACAUUAACACACUGGAAGUUUUACUGCAUCAAAA